AAUUCCACACCACCGAGUCAACUUAGUGACGCUUACUUUCACAGGAAAAGCUUCGGCCAACAUAGUUUUGGUGGCCUUAUAUUCAUUUGUGGCUCCAUCGACGGAGUCCUGGCCGUUGCUAGCCGACGCCACAAUGCCAACGACAUAAUCGCAACAGUCAUCGCGGUACAGCCCACGAAGAUUGUCUACCGUGGUCGAAUUGCCGUCUUUUCGAUUGAGAUGUUGAAGGAUGAGAGAAUUGUGGUGGUUGCCGAACUGCGUCACGGCUUCUCCGAAGAGGCCGCCUUCUCAUGGAUGUCGCAGGUCUUGCAGGCCGUCGACAGUAUUCACCAAGUCAGCGUCUACGCUCUCGCUCUUGUUCCACAGAAUCAGCUUCCUCGGACUCCAUUCGGUGGAAUUCACGUGCACGAGGUGCGUCGCCUUUUCUCCGAAGGUCAACUGCAUCCCAUUAUGCUGCUUCUCUGUCCGCACUCGGCCAUCCAGAAUCUGCCUCAGCCACGCACCCAGCCGCCCACCAGCCUAGUAGGCGCUUCGGCAAUCCUCGUUGGCCAAGUGGUUCAGGGUGCGCGCAUGGCUGAAGCGCAUGGGCGAUUCAUCUCCAACCCGCAAACAGUGACCGAGGUACUGCUGUGGCGAGCAACCCACACUCCUGAGGAUCGCCUCUUUAGUGUAUAUAAUGCCAAGGGUGCCGUGGUAGCCGGUCUCACAUGUCACCAACUGCAUCAGAAGGCCGAGCGACUGGGUAGCCUACUACAGGAGAAAGGGAAUGUUAAACCCGGCUCCGUUGUGGCUGUCAUGUUUAUGCCUGGGAUAGAGAUGGUGUGCGCCUUCUAUGCUUGCCUGUACAUAGCUGCCAUCCCUGUGCUGGUUCGACCGCCCCAGCAGCCACGCAGUCCAGCCAUUGGUAGUGGGUCCACUCCUGCCUCCUCCACCUCGUCUACGGCCCUGGGUGCCUCUGAGGCUGCAAGCCGUAUUCCCGUAUCCAGUUGGCCCCAGCUUCUUGAUUACGAUGAGACCUGGAGAAAGAAGUUGAGCACAGUCUACUUGCCCCACUCGCCCGAUACAGAAGUCGCCUACCUGGAUUUCACUCCUUCCACCACAGGCACCCUAACGGGUGUUGAGGUGACUCACGCCGUUGCGAGCGCUCUGUGCCGGGCACAGAAGAUGCAAUGCGAGUUUUACCCGGCGCGCGAGUUGGUUCUCAGUCUAGAACCCUACAGCGGUCUUUCGGCCAGUCUCUGGCUCCUCACUUCCAUCUACUGUGGUCAUCACUCAAUUCUUGUCCCGCCUCAAGUUACUGAAGUUGCCCCCGAUCUCUGGCUCACUCUGUGCAGUCAGAAGAAGAUUCGAGAGGCUUUCUGCUCCUACGCAACUAUCAAACUGGGGACGAUUUACUCGGUAGCGUUUUUUGUCCCACAGAUGAAGGAGGUAUCUUUGGAGCAUUUGCGCAACCUUGUCAUCGUGUCAGAGGAGAGACCGCGUGUCACUUUGACUUCUCUCUUUACAAAAAUGUUCGCUGCUGUCAAUCUCAAUCCACGGGCCGUUAGCACUUCAUUUGGGUGCAGAGCUAACCUCGCCAUGUGCCUCCAAGGCGCUAGUUCACCGGACAUCACCACGGUGUACGUGGAUCGGGUUAGCCUUAGAAACGAUCGUGUCAACCUGCUUGAGCGUGGGUCUCCCAACGGUCUCUGUCUAAUGGAAUCGGGCAAGCUCCUGCCCGGUGUGCAUGUGGCCAUAGCGAAUCCGGACACCCUAGGCCAAUGCGCUGACUCGCAUCUGGGUGAGAUUUGGGUUUCCUCACCCCACAACUCUACUCACUUAUCAAGCACUUCCUCCUCAUCUGCUGCCGCGGCUUCCACCUCUGCUGCUUAUGAAAAUGCACCUGUAGACCCCUUGAGGGCCCGAUUUGUUGCUGGAAUUACCGACCGUGUCUAUGCUCGAACUGGCUUUCUGGGCUUUGUUCGGAGAACGGAAUUGACUCAGUCUGAUGGAGCCCUUCACGACGCGGUGUUCGUUGUUGGAAGUUUGGCUGAAAGCAUGAUGCUUCGCGGAAUGCGCUUCUACCCCAUGGAUAUUGAAAAUACAGUGUUGCGAUCCCACAAGAAGAUCAACGAAUGCGCCGUCUUCACAUGGUCCGAUUUACUAGUGGUGGUGGUCGAACUUCUAGGCGAAGAAUCUGAGGCUCUGGAUUUGGUUCAUCCAAUCACAGCAAGCGUGCUGCGCGAGCAUCAACUGAUUGUGGGUGUGGUAGUAGUGGUGGACCGCGAUACGGUACGGGUAGAUUUUUAUGGGGAAAAGCAGCGAAUUCUGCUGCGAGACAACUUUGUCAACGAUGAACUUGAUCCCAUCUACGUCUCCUACAACAUGUGA